UUCAUCCCAUCCCAUUCAAACAUAAUAUUCAAGUAUACAAAGUUUCUCUUCCUCACAAAACAUAGAAAUCAAGAGAGGGAGAGAGAUUAAUAUACACAUAUAUAAGAUGGGUGAAUUAACAUAUUGUGAGAAAGCUAAUGCAUGGUUAAGAAAUUCAAAGUCAUAUUUGCUAAUAAUUAGUUUGCAAUUUGGCUCUGCUGGCAUGUAUGUUCUUACCAUGGAUGCUCUUAAUAAGGGCAUGAGUCACUAUAUUUUUGUGGUAUAUCGUAAUGUCAUCGCCACCGUAGCUCUUGCUCCCUUCGCAUUUUUUCUUGAAAGGAAAAUUAGGCCCAAGAUGACAGUUCGGAUAUUCUCAGAAAUUUUUGCACUGGCUUUUGUUGAGAUAAUACUUGAUCAGUGUUUCACGUUCUUGGGGAUGAAGCUAACAUCAGCAUCUUUUGCAUCUGCCGUGAUGAAUUCCGUACCAUCUAUUACCUUUGUACUUGCAAUCAUUUUUAGAUUGGAGCGCAUGAAAAUUAAGGAAAUAGGAUGUCAAGCUAAAGUGAUUGGCACAGUAGUGAGUUUGGGAGGUGCAUUUCUAAUGGCCCUAUACAAAGGUCCAGUUCUUCAAAUUGCUGGGUCAUCAGCAGCUACUCAAAUGCACCACCCAGAAAAUGUCAAUGAUCCUAGUGGUUCACAUUGGCUCCUUGGUGCAUUGUUCCUUCUCAUUGGUUGCGCCGGCUUUUCUGCUUUCUAUAUUUUACAAGCCAUAACAUUAAGAAAGUAUCCAGCUGAAAUGUCACUAGCCACGUGGGUUUGUUUUAUUGGUGCACUUCAAAGCAGUGCUGUGACAAUUUUCAUGGAGCGCAAAAGCCCUGAUGCUUGGGCUUUGGGCCUGGAUUCAAGACUUUUUGCUUCAGUCUAUGCGGGAAUAGUAACUUCAGCAAUUCAAUUUUAUGUACAAGGCUCGGUAAUUAAAACUAUGGGCCCUGUUUUUGUGACUGCUUUUAAUCCCCUACGUAUGAUUAUAGUAACAGCCUUGGCUUGUAUCGUCCUCUCAGAAAAACUUCAUCUCGGAAGCAUUGUUGGAGGAGUGGUGGUGGUUACAGGGUUAUAUCUUGUUGUAUGGGGAAAAUCCAAAGAACAAAAAAGAAUAAUGUUAGAAGAGGAGGCUCCACAAAAAAUCUCCCAACAAGGACAACAACAACUACCAAUUACUGUCCCCAAAAUUGGUGUCAAUGAUAAUAAUAAAUCUCAAUUGGUCAUAAUUGGAGACCAAACAAGCACAUAGAGGCAGUGAUCAUUAUCAAAUUAAGUGGUCACAUUAUGUAGUGUGACACUGGCCUAGGAUUAAUGUGUGCUGAAUUGUCACUUUGUAUGUUGAAGAAAAAAUCCAAUUCUAAAUUUGGAUAAUUUUGUUUUAAUUUUGAGUUUUACUUCUGUAUUUAACAAAAUAUGAAAUGUAUAAUCUACGUUUUGUAUUGCA